UCUCGCGUUCAGUCGUACUUUGAACGUCGAGGUCGGUGCACGUGUUUCGCUCGGAAGGUUCGUUCGUUGGUUUGUGGGUGAAAUUUUCGCGCUGAUGUUCCGGAUUUCCGCGUCCAGCCAGACUUGCGAGGAGACCGGGUUCUGCAGAUUCUAAAUUUAGAGCGCGCGCGUGUGAAAUGAAGAUUUACUAUCGCGGCGGAUUGGAGUAUUGAUCGGUGGACCCCUCGGGCCGUGGCCUGCUAGGACCGUGGUCAUAGAGACACAGACGAGGAAAAUAUAUUCAUCCCACAGCUGUUUUUCUUCUGCACUGGUAGUCGUCGAGGUCGUUGCCGACAGGGAAAAAAACUCGGGCACAGAAUUUGAUACAGAAUAAAUUUUACCGACGCGUCGCGUCGUGUGAAACGUCACUUUGCUGGUGUGUGCGAAAAAUCGUUGAAAAUUUCAGUGUUUUGAUAGAUUGCCCCCCAGUUUACCCAACCCCCUCUAGUCUGUCUAGUCAUCCCGAAUCCCCGUACCCCUCGCAACAUCCCACUCUUUUGUCUUUUUUCGCCGAGGGGUCGCCCAACGCAACCGAAAAUUGGAAAAUUUAUCAAAUUUGCCCACAAAGUCGGUGUGUGCGUGCGUGCGUGUGACAGGGCCAAUUCGAUUUUCGAUUCGUGCGUUCGCGUGUGUGUGGUGUUCUAAAUUCUAACCUCACCUCAAUAAAAAUAGCCUACUGUGUGACGUGUGCGUGCAGGAGGAGCAUCCUCUGCACAAACAAGUGAAUGUUUAUUCGGCGGCGGUAGCACGUGCGUGUGAGAGUGUUUUUGGCGCGCGCACAGUCGAAAGGGAGUUCGACGCAACGUGUGUGGUGAUCAACAAAGUUGGUGUUGGUGAAGGGCACCAAGAGGGUUGAGGAGAAGAAGGUGGUUGUGCGCUCUCGUACAGAGCGUGGUGUAAUAAUCUUUCGGAAUUCCCGCCAGCGCGGGGCGAAAACACCUGACGAGUUUUUCGGAGCAGGAAAGUUCUUCGAGUUAACGGGAGAAGGAGCUAGCCGAAGUCAGGAUCAUCGUAGGACGAGGACGCACAGAAUAACAACCAUGGAUAAAUUCAUCACCGUAAAAAUUGGAUUAUUCUGUUUACUGUUUGGAGAGUUUGCAGUGUCGGCGGUGAAGAUAACCAGCCUCAAAGUGCCCUCCACGUACCUGCUGGACAAGAGCUCCAAGAAUCCGGACCCGCUGAUCCUGGACUGCGAGUACGAGGUGGACGAGUCGGAAAAGGGGUUCGUGCUCAAGUGGUUCCUGGACGGGCAGCCGGUCUACCAGUGGAUACCGUCCAAAAAUCCGUUUCCAUUCCAAUCGUUCAAAAACCGCGUCGACACCAGCUACGUCGUGUCCCAGGAGCGGUUACACAAGCACCGGGCGAUGGCCAUCAUCAAACCGCUCGCGAACUUCACCGGCGAGUACGCCUGCAUGGUGCAAACGUUCGCCUCGAUCGACCGGAAGUCGGCCAAGCUGAAAAUUAUCGUUCAAGAGUCCAAGUUUGAUCUCAACUACUACCUGAACGGGGACGGCUACAUCACGGUUGAUUGCCACGCACGGGACAUUUCACCGCUGCCGGAGCUGUACAUCCGGAUCAACGAUAAAUUAUUCGAAACGCAAAAGCUCAAGUUCGUCGAGGGUGAGAAUAAUUUGUUCAACGUGUCCGUCAGCGGCAGCAUACCGAAGGAGGAGCUCGAAAGUCCCACCACGAUCGAGUGCUUCCUGACGGUGCCGGAGACCAACUACACCAAGAAGCGGUCCACGAUUUAUUACGCGGGCAAAACUCAAACUAACACUAAACCGCUUCUAACAGAAUCGCAUCUGGGCACGACCACCAGCACGGUGGCGACCACCACGAUCGUGGGCAUGCUCCAGGCGGCGCCGGAAAAUCUGCAGAAAAAGGAACUAAACGGCACCGACGGUAGCAGUGCGACGGCCCUGCCGGACCAGCUUCCGGCCGCGUCCCGCCUAAUGGCUACGCUGCUGACGGUGCUGCUCAUCUUCACGUCGACGCUCUUGUAGACGAACUUCAAGCAGUACACCACCGAGGGCACACUUCGCGACUUUACCCCGCAGUAGCAGGUAAACUUGCACGCAACGUUGCAAGCAAUGCUGCGCGCAACUUGCACGACAGAACAAUAGAAAGAGCGCGAGUGGAGUAAGUCGUGCUUUGAGCAGCUGGGGAGGAAGGAAAAUUACGUGGAAUGUGCUGUAAAAUCAAGAAUGUGGAGGAAAAAUGGUGUGAUGCUGCUCUUCAAAGAAGAAAGGAAGACCGGAGUGCUUGUGUGAGUCGAUCAUUAUCCUAUUGAAUCCAAUUACGUACUAACUAAGCGCUGUCUCCCCUGUAGUCGUACAUAAGUGUUGAAUUGUGCUAGUUUUUAUCGAUUAUCGUCUAGUGUUUACGUUUAACGAAGCCAUUGUUUUUAACAAAGAAAAAAAACGUCUUAAGGAUUUCACACUUUAUUUUCAAACCCUCGAUACCAAAGCUAAGCAUAACCUAAACAUAAAAACUAAAAAAAAAAUAUCCUCUCGAUACCAAAAAACCACGAACCUACGCUGAACAACCGCAACCAAAAAUGGGUACCGAAACGCUAAUAGUCAUUUCUGAAUAAGUAGUUGAAUGUUUUUUAUAUAGAUUUUUUAUAUUUGUACAAAAACGGAACUCAUCUCAUCAAACUAUCUACCACCAUCACCACCAAAAAAAAAAUCCCCAGCAGAGGAGGUCUGUUUUUUCGGUGUAAACUUAUGAUGCAAAAACAAAAUCUCGAAUUCGGACACGUUGGAGCAAAAAAACUAACAAAGAAAUUUACAGUGAAUGCUAAAAAAAACAAGUGAAAACAACAAGCAGAAAAAAGAUGAAGAAAUCCAAUUAUUGAAGUAUUUUACAACUCGAAGCAGAAAAACGGAAAGAGCGUUGAAGGAUGAGGAAAAAAAUAUGAUGCCUUAUGAAAUAUAUAUUAAAAAACACACACAACCACACACACACUUUUUUAAGUCGUCAUUCGAAUCAGCAUUGAUUGAAAUCAGCAGCGGCAGUGGCGCCAGCAUGAGAUGACCGGAAAGUACUACUAAUAUUAUAUAUACAUGUAAAUGUAAGCGAACGCGGUGAUAGUUUUCAAAAAAUUAUCCCCGCCCAGCCCAGUGUUCUAAAAUGAAAGCGCGAGAAAAUUCACGAAAAGAAAAAAGUCGUGGAAAGUCAGCACAGAGGAAGUCACUACUGAAAAAUAGGGUGGAGAACAAAAACAUAUGCAACUAUAUAUAGUCAUAAAUUUAUAUAUUUAAAAGAGGGAGGAAGAAAAAAAGAACACUAGAAUAAGCUAAAGUAAAUCGAGACAAAAAAUAAAA